GUUUUUUCUCUUUCAGACAUGGGGUUUGCUAAUUCAGACAGGGUAACAAGACAUGUGAGGAUAAGGGAAGUAUGGUCGGACAAUCUAGAAGCGGAGUUCGAGUUGAUCAGUCGAGUCAUCGAUGAGUACCCUUUCAUUUCCAUGGACACUGAAUUCCCGGGUAUUGUUUUUAGGCCGAAAGUGGAUCCGACCCGGCCUUACAGUGCCCAGUUCCGACCUUCCGAUCAUUACAGGAUCCUCAAAUCCAACGUUGAUGCUUUGAACUUGAUCCAAGUUGGCCUCACCCUCACCGAUUCUUCGGGUAAUCUGCCUCACCUGGGGACCGACGACGAGCAGUUCAUCUGGGAGUUUAACUUUCGCGACUUCGACGUGGAGCGUGAUUUCCACGCGCCUGAUUCCAUCGCCCUCUUGAGGAAGCAAGGGAUUGAUUUCGAGAAGAACAGGGAGAUGGGGAUCGACUCGGAACGUUUCGCUGAGUUGAUGAUGUCUUCUGGGCUCGUUUGUAAUGAGUCGGUGAGUUGGGUGACUUUCCACAGCGCGUAUGAUUUUGGGUACUUAGUUAAAGUACUCACGCGCCGCGACUUGCCUGGCGGCUUAGAUGAGUUCUUGAAGGUUCAGAGGGUGUUUUUCGGGAGCAGAGUUUAUGAUUUGAAACACAUGAUGAGAUUUUGUCAAAGCCUGUAUGGUGGGUUGGACCGGGUGGCUCGGACUUUGGAUGUGAACCGGGCGGUUGGGAAAUGUCACCAGGCCGGGUCAGAUUCCUUGCUGACAUGGCACGCGUUUCAGAAAAUGAGGGACGUGUAUUUUGUGAAGGAUGGACCGGAAGAGCAUGCCGGUGUAUUGUAUGGAUUGGAAGUUAAUUAAAAAAUCUGGUUUCAUUAU